AUGAUCAUCGACAUGUCACUCCUCAAGCGCGCCGAUACCGCUGCAGCCGAGAAAUGCAUGGAGGACGAGACGGUGAGGCGUUAUUUCGCCCAGUUGAUUGGCUUCGGCUACGGUCUUGGGGCCGCGGCGUUGAUCGUCCUCGCCGUAUGGGCUAUCAAGAGGUGGAGAAACCAGAAGCCAAAACCGGUAGCGGGACCGGUAAAGGAGACCGGAGAAUAA